AUGGGAAGUUACAAAUUAUACGUAGCCGUCAUGGCAAUAGCCAUAGCUGUAGUACAGGAAGCUAGAUGUGGUGGUUUUUCUGACGAUGAACCUUUCGAUGAACAGGAAGAAGCGUCUGUUGAAAUACAGAUGGAGCACCGCCAGUGCGAUGAAUACAAAUCGAAGAUCUGGGACAAAGCAUUUAGCAACCCGGCGGCUAUGCAGUUGAUGGAACUAACGUUUAAUACAGGUAAGGAAUUAGGCUCCGACGAAGUGUGCUCGGACACAACGCGGGCCAUUUUUAACUUCGUCAGUGUGAUGGCCACCAGCCAGAACGCCCAUUACUCGCUGGGUAUGAUGAACAAGAUGCUGGCGUUCAUCCUGAGGGAGGUGGACACGACGUCCGACAAAUUCAAAGAGACGAAGGCGGUUGUCGAACGCAUCGCGAAAACUCCAGAGAUCCGAGACUAUAUCAGGCACACGACCGCCCGGACCGUCGACUUGCUCAAGGAGCCCGUGAUUAGAGGCCGACUGUUCAAAGUGGUGAAAGCCUUCGAGGGUCUGAUAAAACCGUCCGAAAACGAGGAAAUGAUCAAGCAGAGGAUUAAGGGGCUAACCAAUGCUCCCGCCAAGAUGGCUAAGGGAGCCAUGAAUAAGGUUGGAAGUUUCUUUCGACGUUUUUAA